AUGAUCAUGAUGAGAUCAAAAGUUCAUGAUGAUGUUCUGCUUCUGAUGCUGCUGCAGCUUGUGUUCUUUGUAACUACAUUUGAUAUGGUUGCAGGAUAUGACCGAGUGCAUGUGAGAAUCUCUAAUGAAUUGGAUUUGGGUAUUGAUCUUAAACUUCAUUGCAAAUCUCGGGAUAACGAUCUUGGCGAGCAUCUACUACACUACAACAAUAGCUACUACGAAUUCAGCUUUAGGCCGAGAUAUUUUGGGAGCACACUGUUCUAUUGCAGUUUUAGGUGGAAUACCGAUGGGUGUUCUAAACUGUAUUGGUUCGACAUCUACGACUAUCAUAGAGACGGAACUCGUUGCAGUGAAUGUUAUUGGAAAGCUCUUCUAACUGGUCCAUGCAUGCUAAACCCAGAUGAUAAUCAGCAUGAUCUUUGCUAUAGCUGGAAUUAUUGA